GGUGGGCUUUUGCGUCAUGUACGACAUCAAUCGGUGUUUUAAGUUCCGAAGUAUUUCUGGGUCAAACAGGCAGUCGAACAAUGUUCGUUAUAGAAACUGAUUCGGGUAUCAAUAUUCGUAAUCAUUCGUACUUCAGGAAAGAAGAGGAAGUACUCUUGCUACCUGCCACACAAUUCAAAAUUAUAGACCGUCUUCCUCAAGGUAACGGACUGCAUUUCAUUCAACUUCAAGAAAUGCAUCCUCCUGUUGCUCUACUACAGCCAGUAACGAUCGGUAGAAGCUAUUCCAAUGCACAAAAUUCUAUUUUAGUCAAUAUCUAUUUCGUUUUAGAACGCACCUAUUCAGAUAAUAGCAGGUACAGAGGUCAUUUUAAAGGUGGCAAGAGGCACGGAACAGGCACCUACGAAUAUGCUAACGGAGAAAAAUAUCAGGGUGAAUGGAUUAAUGAUCAAACCAAUGGAAAAGGAAUUCGAACAUUUCCGAGUGGAAAUCGUUAUGACGGAGAAGAAAAGAAUGGGAAACGGCAUGGUUAUGGGGUGAAUUAUUGGGCUAAUGGGGAAAAGUAUGAAGGCUAUUGGGCUAAUGACAAAAUGAAUGGCAGUGGAAAAUAUUUUUGGCCGACGAACGUGCAGUAUGAAGGAGAAUACAGAAACGAUAAGAAGCAUGGACAAGGCACACUAAGAUGCGCUAAUGGACGUGUUAUACAAGGCCUGUGGGACAACGAUCAAUUUAAAGGCUCAAGUUUCCACUACACUGAAAACAAAAAAGGCUUUUGGCGAAAUCUUUUGGGUUUCGUCAAAAUUUAA